ACUGGGACAGUCGUGUGGGGCUGCCGCUCGGGGUGACGUCACGGUCCCACUCCCGCCUCAGUCGGAGGUGGUAGCCCGCGGGCGGUGGUGCGGUCCGGUGCUCCCUGUCACGGGCGGCGGCCAGCGGCACCGCGCUGUGGAGGGCCGCCUGGCGCCGCCUCCUCUCCUCUCUUCCCGCCCUCUCUCUCCGGCUGCCUCGCUCCCUCCCUCCUUCCCUGCGCUGCCCCAUGUUCGGGCUAGAGAAGCCGGGCAGGAGUGGUGAGUUUCCAAACAUGGCGUGCGUAGGGGAUUUUAACGUGCUCAGCUCCAGUAUUCCGGCCACCAAGGUGGAGCUCUCCGUGUCCUGCAGAAAUCUUUUGGACAGAGACACAUUUUCUAAAUCUGAUCCAAUCUGUGUUUUGUACACACAAGCUAUUGGAAACAAAGAAUGGAGAGAGUUUGGAAGAACAGAAGUAAUUGACAAUACUUUAAAUCCAGAUUUUGUAAGAAAAUUUAUAAUGGAUUACUUCUUUGAAGAAAGAGAGAAUCUGCGAUUUGAUUUCUAUGAUGUUGACUCUAAGAGUCCUAACCUAUCAAAACAUGAUUUUUUGGGACAAAUGUUUUGUACACUGGGAGAAAUAGUUGGAUCACAGGGUAGCAGACUGCAAAAAUCAAUUGUAGGAAUUCCUGGCAAGAAAUGUGGAACAGUCAUAGUAACAGCAGAGGAGCUAGGCUGUUGCCGAGAUUCAGUUCUAAUGCAAUUUUGUGCAAACAAACUAGACAAGAAAGACUUCUUUGGGAAAUCUGACCCUUUCCUUGUAUUUCAUCGAAGCAAUGAAGAUGGCAGUUUUACAAUCUGCCACAAAACAGAAGUCGUAAAAAAUACAUUAAAUCCAGUGUGGCAAGCAUUCAAGAUUUCUGUCAGAGCACUGUGUAAUGGAGACUAUGACCGGACAAUUAAGGUAGAAGUGUACGAUUGGGACAGAGAUGGAAGCCAUGACUUCAUCGGGGAAUUCACAACAAGUUACAGAGAGUUGUCAAGAGGACAGUCUCAGUUCAACGUGUAUGAGGUAAUAAAUCCAAAGAAAAAAGGAAAAAAGAAAAAGUAUGUUAAUUCUGGAACAGUAACAUUGCUUUCCUUCCUAAUUGAAACAGAAGUUUCAUUCCUUGACUAUAUUAAAGGCGGAACCCAAAUCAAUUUCACAGUAGCUAUUGAUUUCACAGCCUCAAAUGGUAACCCUUCACAACCUACUUCACUUCACUACAUGAAUCCCUAUCAGCUGAAUGCUUAUGGCAUGGCACUGAAAGCAGUAGGUGAAAUAAUUCAGGACUAUGAUAGUGAUAAAAUGUUUCCAGCUCUAGGUUUUGGAGCUAGACUGCCUCCAGAUGGAAGGGUAUCACAUGAAUUUGCACUGAAUGGAAACCCUCAAAAUCCAUACUGCCAUGGAAUUGAUGGUGUAAUGGAGGCAUAUUACAUGAGUCUAAAAUCUGUACAGCUUUAUGGACCAACAAACUUUGCCCCUGUAAUUAAUCAUGUAGCCAGAUAUGCUGCUUCAGUAAAAGAUGGCUCCCAGUAUUUUGUUCUUCUCAUUAUUACAGACGGAGUUAUUUCUGAUAUGGCUCAGACAAAAGAAUCCAUAGUGAAUGCUUCAAGGCUUCCAAUGUCAAUAAUUAUAGUUGGGGUAGGACCAGCAGAGUUUGAUGCUAUGGAAGAGCUGGAUGGUGAUGUUGUGAGGAUUUCUUCAAGAGGGAAGUUUGCAGAAAGAGACAUUGUACAGUUCGUGCCGUUCCGAGAUUAUAUUGACAGAAGUGGAAACCACGUGCUGAGCAUGGCAAGACUUGCUAAAGACGUUUUAGCUGAGAUCCCAGAGCAGUUUCUGUCCUACAUGAGAGUCAGAGGAAUAAAGCCAUCACCUGCACCACCACCCUAUACACCUCCAAUUCAUGUAUUGCAGACUCAGAUCUGACUGCUCCGUAGUGCUUAGCAGUUGUCACAAGUCAGGAGUCUCUGGAUGCAGCAGUAGCUUCUGAUAACUUCUUGGAGAUGGAAAAUUUGUCUUCACGUACCAAAAUUCUCCUAUGGUUGCAUGAGCAACUGGGAAGCUUUUAAAUGCUAGGAGCAAAUGUUGUUCUCUCUGAGUCUUCUGUUUCGGGUUUGGGGGGUUUGUUUGUUUUGUUGUUUGGAGGUUUUUUUCUUGAGAAAACCCCUUACUUUUUUGAUGUAUUUAUUGGAGGGGAAAGCACAAGUCAGGAUUUCAACUCAGAAGUCACUGUCCUCUCUAAAUACUGUGUAUAUAUAAAUGUACAGGAAUGCUGUUAUUCUGUAUCAAUGUUUACAUGUUACUAUUUUUAAAUUUCAGUACUUUUAUAACUAUUCUUAAGAAUAAAAGUUUGGAAUAUAGACUCACAUGUCUUCUAGCUUGCAAUAGUUUGCCACAAGAUAACAAGAAGAGCAAUAUCUCUUUGAAUGUUUGUCCAGACAAAUACAAAUGAAAGCUAAGAAAAGGACAAAUGGGUGUUUUCCAAUACCUGAAUUGCUUCAGUCAGUGCUCAGUGACCCAUUCAUCUCAUAGUUUGAGAAUAAACCCCUAAGAUGGGAAUAACAUCAUUUUAUACAACUAAUGACUAACUCCAAAAUUUGAGAGAGAGGCAUGUGUAUUUUUUCAGAGGUUCUUCAAUUUCUAAGUUUAUCUAAGUUUACAGUUUGUGGGGUUUUUUUAACUAGUUACUGAAG